AUGAAGUACACCAUCAUCGCCUCCUUCCUCGCCGCCCUUGUGGCCGCCGAGACCAUCGAUCAGCUUGUUGCCGAGAUUCCUACCUGCGCAGUCACUUGCAUUCGUGAUGGUGCUCAGUCAGUCAACUGCGAUAUCACCGACUUUGCCUGCUCUUGCGGAAAGGUUGAGCAGCUCACAGCCACGGUCGUGCCCUGCCUUGCCUCGUCUGGCUGCAGCUCCACCGAUCAAGCCACGGUACUCCAGCUUGCAUCUCAGAUCUGCGCUCAGGUCGCCGCAGGAGGCACAUCGUCCGGCACCGCCUCGGCCGGCUCCGUCACUGCUGCAGCGACCAGCGCUUCCGGCACUUCUACUUCCUCUCGCAGCGGCACCGCAACAGGGGCUGCUGUCACCACUACAACGUCACCAGCCGCCGCUGGCCGGGCCCAGGUCGCUGGCUGGGCUGGAGCCAUCGCCGCUGCCGCCGCGUUCGCUCUCUAA